CAGAUUUUGAUGAAGAUUUUUAUUAUUGUUUAUGUGAUCGUUAUUAUCAAGUUGCAAUUGAAGCUAUUAAAGAAACUUUAAUUGAAGAAAUUAGCAGUGAUGAAUCAGAAAAAUUAGAUAAUUUUAUUGAAAUUCUUUUACUUAAAUUUAAUGAAGAAGAAUUUCACAGUGCUAUUAGAAUUUCUAUUAAAUUACAUCUAGAACACAAUACUUUAUCUAAUAUAUUAAAUAUGAUUAAAAAUAAAGCUUCACAAUAUGCUAUUCUUGAUGAUCAAGGAAUUCAAGAGAUUAUUUUAAAUUUGCUUAGAAACAAGAAAGUACAAUUAUCUGUUGGGUUAGAAAUUCUUAAAGAAUCUGCCACUAAAACAAAUACAUUAAAAAGAUCUUUAACACAAGAUUUAAAUGUAAUAGCUGUAAUUAAAGAAACUAGUAAACAAUUAAAAAGGACUGAACAAAUAAAUGAGAUUUUUGAUAAAAAAAAAAUCUGA